UUGGGCUCCGUCUUCCCAGCUUCUCUAACCGACUCGCCCGCUCCCAACCCCGCCGGCGACCGAUUCGGCCCCGAUCCGCCCCAAGAAGUCAUCAAUUCCUGGGAACUAAUGUCCGGCCUCGACCCCGUCGAAAGCUUCCGCUUCUCUCCCCUUCCUCCUCCCUCUCGAAAGGACCCAAUUGGGGAAACCAUUGCCGCUUUCUCUAAGCCCCCGCCGCCUCCACCGCAGCAGAAGGAAUCCCCGAUUUCGGGUUUGCUGGAGGGAUUCGAGGAGCUCUGCCCACCCAACAGGGAGAACAGGGUGGUGAUCUACACCACCAGCCUGAGAGGGAUCCACAAGACGUUCGAGGCCUGCAGCGUCGUCCGGGCAGCAAUCGAAUUGUUCGGUGUUCAAAUAUUAACUAGAGGGACGUCUCCAUGGAUCGCGGAUUCAAGGAGGAGCUGA